AUGAAAAAAGCCGCGAAGCUUUUUAAGAGAGCGGUUGAACUUGGGUCCGUGAACGCGAUGCUGAGCCUUGGGUACCGGUACUUCACGGGAGAGGACUUCAAGUUGGACGAGAAGAAGGGGCUAAAGCUCUGGCGGAUGGCCGCGGACCGAGGACUUGCACGGGCGCAGUGCAAUCUUGCAGUAGCUCUCUACGAACAUGAGCGUGCCUGCCAAGAUUUGAAGGAAGCUUUUCGUUAUUUUCAGCUUGCUGCCGAACAAGGGUUUACUCAGGCGGAGCACAGGCUCGGGAUGUGUUUCGGACAGGGCGAUGGCGUGGAGCCUGACCUAGACGAGGCCAGACGCUGGUAUAAGCGCGCGGCCGCGAAAGGGGACAAGUGGGCCAUCGAGAUGCUCAAGCGCUGCGCGUAG